GUGAGCUGACACCAAUCCUAUCUGACGUUGGUCGAGAGGCGGAGUACAUCCAAGACAGGACACCGUCUACCACAGAGAACAACACCCAUUCACACUCGCACCUAGGCAAAUUGGAGUAGACCUAAUCUGCAUGUGCCUGGACUGAGGAAACCCACACAGGGAAGGGUUGAAAGGCAGCGAGCCAAGGCCAGAGACAGAGUGAACAAGGCAGACCAGACGCUUUGAAACUCCUCCACUACAACGAGAAGUAGCAGCUACAGCAAGCUUCAACAAACUUUCUGAUCUCCACAAGAGCUUUGCUCUGCUAGACUUUCCUCUGUCAGCUUUACUGCACUACACUUCGUAAUUCCCCUCAAGACCAGUGAUGGAGAGUCCGGCUCAGAAACGAUCCAGCCGUGGCGGAGCGUCCAAUGUGCUCUCGCCCACGCGUAUUACUCGCCUGCAGGAGAAAGAGGACCUGUGCAACCUGAAUGAUCGCCUGGCUGUGUACAUCGAUAAGGUGCGCUCUUUGGAGAUUGAGAAUGCCGGCUUGCGGCUGCGUAUCACAGAGUCGGAGACGGAGAUCAGCCGGGAGCUGGGCGGCAUGAAGGCAGCGUACGAGAGUGAGCUAGCUGAUGCUCGCAAAACUCUCGACUCUGUGGCCAAGGAGAGAGCCAGGCUGCAGCUAGAGCUUAGUAAGAUCCGUGAGGACUACAAGGAGCUCAAAGCCAGGAACAAUAAGAAAGAGGCUGAUCUGGAGUCUGCUUUGGCCAGGCUAAAGGAUCUGGAAGCUCUCCUCAACUCCAAGGAUGCUUCUCUCAGCACAGCCCUGGGAGAGAAGAGGUCUCUUGAGACUGAAGUCAGGGAUCUGAAGGCUCAGUUGGUUAAGUUGGAAAGCAGUCUGAAUGAUGCUAAGAAGCAGCUGCAGGAUGAGAUGUUGAGGAGGGUGGAUGCAGAGAACCGCAUUCAGACUCUGAAGGAGGAGCUGGAGUUCCAGAAGAACAUCUAUGCUGAGGAGCUGCGCGAGUCGAAGCGUAGGCAUGAGUCACGUAUGGUGGAAAUUGACAGUGGUAGACAGCAGGAUUUCGAGAGCAAGCUGGCUGACGCUCUGACUGAACUCCGCGGCCAGCAUGAGGAUCAGCUCCGUAUCUACAAGGAGGAGAUUGAGAGGACCUACAAUGCCAAGCUGGAGAAUGCGCGUCAGUCUGCGGAUAGAAACAGUCACCUGGUCGGAGCAGCUCAUGAGGAGCUGCAGCAGACACGUGUAAGACUGGAGAGCAUGUCUGCUCAGCUGUCCCAGCUUCAGAAACAGCUGGCUGCACGGGAGGCUAAAGUGCGUGAGCUGGAGGAGACUUUGUCUCGCGAGAGAGAUCUCAUGCGCCGGCGGUUGGAGGAGAAGGAGAAAGAAAUGGCAGAUAUGCGCCACCGCAUGCAGCAGCAACUAGACGAAUACCAGGAGCUGCUGGACAUCAAGCUGGCCCUGGACAUGGAGAUCAGUGCUUACCGGAAACUGCUGGAAGGGGAAGAGGAAAGGCUGCGUCUCUCUCCCAGUCCUCCUCCUGGACGUGUGAUAUCAGUCACACGUACCUCAGGCUCUGGCACACAGACCCGCUUGGCUCAGAGCAGCAGCAGCACUCGCACUGCAUCUGGCAGCGCUAAGAAACGACGCCUCAAUGACACCGACAGCGAGGCUUCUAGCGUGACGGGUGGGACAGUGACACGCACUCGCAUUUCCCAGCAGGCCUCAGCCAGUGGCCGGGUCACUGUGGAUGAGGUGGACCUGGAGGGCAAAUAUGUUCGUCUCAGCAACAAAUCAGACCAGGACCAGUCUCUGGGUCACUGGCAGGUGAAGAGACAGGUGGGCUCUGGUGCUCCCAUCGUCUUCAAGUUCCCACCUAAAUUCACCCUCAAAGCAGGACAGACUGUUACAAUCUGGGCUGCAGGAGCUGGUGGGACCCACAGUCCUCCCUCUGACCUAGUAUGGAAGGGUCAGAACUCCUGGGGAAGUGGAGAUCUCUUCCAGACUACUCUGAUAAGCGCCAGUGGAGAGGAGAUGGCAAUGCGGAAAGUGACACGCACACUGUUCCAAGAUGAUGAUGAUGAGGAAACGGCUGCUCACAGCACAUGUGGAGAUGGAGAGUAUAACCUGCGUAGCCGCACGGUGAUCUGUGGCUCAUGCGGUCAGCCGUCAGACAGGAAUGCUGGUAGCUGUGUGUCGGCGAGCUCUGGAGUCUCCAGUGCCACUCGCUCUUUCACCAGUGGAGGAGGACUUCCUGAGGGUCUGGUCUCCCACUCCCACUUUAUUAUGGGCAAUGACAAACCGAGACAGGGAGGUCCUAAACCGGAAAACUGCUCCAUCAUGUAGAUCCAGGAACAACCAUGAUGUCUACCCAGUUCAGCAAGAUCAGUUAUUCAUGCAGACUGGAAGACUUAUUUUCUUUUUCUAACUUGGUCAUCUAUAUUUUUUUAUUUUUCAUACUUUAUAUACAUAAUUCUUGUUUUGUAUGUAAUAAUCUGCAGGCUAGAUUAAGUGCUUUUGUCUGGCUGACUGUUUGCAUGCAGCUUGGGUGCUAUAUAGGGUUUGUAUAUACAGUACUGUAUACUAGUCUUUGCAUGUGGGCUCGUCAGCUGCUUUCCUAUGCAGAUAUUCAGGGAGAGAGGUGGGCACAUCACUUCACACUUAUCCAAAGAACAGGAUCCGUCUUCAGCUGUCUUAUAAAAUGCUGUCACAAGACAACACGCACAUCUUAGUACUCCUGUCAGCAAGUUUACUUCCAUAGAGUCAGGAGUGUCUUUGAAUGUACUGUACUGUAAAGCUAUUCUUUGCUUUAUUUUUUUUUUCUUCCAAUUUUUAAAAAAUGAAUUAAUAAUUCAGAUAUCCUAGAAAACGUGUUAAACACUAACUCAUGUUGGAAAUCAAAUUUUGCAAUGCAAGAAGCACAGUCUUAAAGGGAAGACUAAUAGGACCAUGUUAAUUUAUUUAAGAAGCGUUUUUUUGCCUUUAUUUGAAUGUAGUGUCGUAUGUGUCUCAGUAGCACUGUGUGCCAGUGUUCUUAUUCUCUGCCUCUUAUGAAAAGACAGUGGACAGUGUUAGAAUCAGAGAGAAUUAUAUGAUAAAUGUUAGUUCCUUUUCAAAGUUGUCGUACUAGACAUAUGGCAUACGUACUUUAUGAACUUUUGAGUAUUGAGUGUCUAUGCAAUUGUUUGUUAAUAGCAAUUAUAGAUAAUGCACUUAGGUACAAGGUAAUGAAGAAUAUAAUACAAUUUGAAAUUAUUUUCUAAGAUGUAAUAUUAAUUGUUUGUAACCUAAGAAGACAUGGAGCACAAGAAUGUGUGUAAGUAAUGGGUACAAGUGACUUUAUGGACAUUAGUGUUGAAUUUUGCAUCGAAAGCCAAAGUAUAGGUGAGGUAAAAUGACUAGUCAUGCCCUAGUUUAAUAUUUUCUACCUUCAUGAGGACAGUUAAAAAUUUAAAUUGAAUUGAAAAGUAUAAAAUGUGUUUAUGGAUGUACAUGGUUUUGUAUCCUCAGGCUGGACAGUUGGAAGUGUUGACUUUGUUGUUGUCACUCCUCUCUCUUGAAGCAGCUAUUACUUAAAUGACAGGUGUCCACUCCUCCGCCUCUGUGUAACCCUCACUUAUUAGAUUUAGUUUUUGGUCAUGGAAACACUCUUAAAGUGCAUGUUAUCUGAUGCACAUGAAGUUGUAUGAAUUCAUGGAGACCUGUAUCUACAGUGGGUGUGAUCAUUUGGAGAGCUGGAUGGGACAUGACAUUAUUCUAAGAUACCCCAAUAACUUGUCUGUAUCUCAGAAGAUGGUGGACUGGACACCAGUGGCUUGCAUAAAUAAUGGACGCUUUUUCCCCCUUGUGUUAUUGUGCUCAAGUGCUAGUGAUAGAAUGCUGUGGGUUUUGGUCAGGCAGUGGAGCAAUAUCACUUUUUUCCCCCCACUUUUACAAAUGGAAUUGAAACCAAUCGAGAUUAGCACUGUUGAAAUGACCUAUAUAGAUUUAUUGAAAAUUGAUUUAAUACCUGACCACCAAACAUGUUAUUGUUAAUGUUAAUUUGGGUUAAAUAUAUGGGGUGAGAUAUGGUCAGAAAAACCUCCCCCAUAUGCCAAUGAUGAUCUUGAACGUAUAGUAUUCUAUAAUUGGCAAUAAUUCUUUUUCUGCUUUGUGGCUUUUUUGAAUAAUUGUUCUGUUCUGCACAUAAGUGAUUACUGCUAUAGAAUGUAUACGCAUAAACAGUGCCUUGAAUUCUUUCAUUAAAAAAAUACAAUUUUGGA